AAAUGCAGAAGUUCCUCUGGUUGCCACCGGACGCAACUGUCAGGUGACGCUUCCGGCGCGGAAAAAUGGCAGCAGCCCCUCCGGAUUCACGUGUGAGUGAGGAAGAAAAUCUGAAAAAGACCCCAAAGAAGAAGAUAAAAAUGGUAACCGGAGCCGUAGCGUCGGUGCUGGAAGACGAGGUCACAGACACUUCUGAUAGCGAAGGUUCUAUAGGAAGCUGUGGAUCAGAAAAGGACCACUUUUAUUCUGAUGAUGACGCAGUGGAAGCUGACAGUGAGGGUGAUGCUGAGCCCUGUGACAAAGAAAAUGAAAAUGAUGGAGAAUCAAGUGUUGGGACUAAUAUGGGCUGGGCAGAUGCCAUGGCUAAAGUCCUCAACAAGAAAACUCCUGAAAGUAAACCUACUAUUCUGGUCAAAAAUAAGAAGCUGGAAAAGGAAAAAGAAAAGUUAAAGCAAGAAAGACUAGAGAAAAUAAAACAGCGUGAUAAGAGACUGGAGUGGGAAAUGAUGUGCAGAGUAAAGCCAGAUGUUGUCCAAGACAAAGAGACAGAGAGAAAUCUUCAGAGAAUUGCAACAAGGGGUGUGGUGCAAUUAUUUAAUGCUGUUCAGAAACAUCAAAAGAACGUUGAUGAAAAGGUUAAGGAAGCUGGAAGUUCUAUGAGAAAGCGUGCUAAGUUGAUAUCAACUGUUUCCAAGAAAGAUUUCAUCAGUGUUUUGAGAGGGAUGGAUGGAAGUACAAAUGAGACUACUUCAAGCACGAAGAAACCAAAACCCAAACAGACUGAAGUGAAAUCAGAAGAAGGCCCAGGUUGGACGAUCCUACGUGAUGAUUUCAUGAUGGGAGCAUCUAUGAAAGACUGGGACAAGGAAAGUGAUGGGCCAGAUGACAGCAGACCAGAAUCUGCAAGUGACUCUGAUACAUAAAGCAUCAUAGGAAAUACAAUUGCAGUCGUUUUGUUUUUUCUAGAAAAAUAUGUCAUCCUCUGAUAGUUGGGGGAUUAUAAGGAUACCAUUUGUAAGAAAGCCAAAAGACUUUUGCCAGAUUUCAUAUUUCCCCUUUUCAUGUACACUUUAUAUAUACUUCAUUAAAAUUAUAUUUUAAACUCUUGUAUAAUUUUAGGCAUUGUUCCUCAGAACAUUUAUAAAAGGAUAUAUUUCUGCUUGACCAGCGAGAUAUGCAUUUUGCAAGGAUCAUAUUGGUCAUGUCUAUUGGUGUAUUAUUUCAGUAUCACCAAUGUUUUCAGACAUACAGUACUAAUUCAUAAUUAAACUCCUUGAAGUUAAUAUUUCUCUGCCUUCUAACUUAUAGACCCAACUAUGUAUCUGUAGUUUUUGGGAAUGAUUGGUGUUUUUUGCUUUGUGUUGGGAAGUUAUUGAGAAAACCUAUAUAAUAAAAUUUAAAAUUACGGUUUUUCA